AUGGCCACUUCUGGCAGCUCCUCUGGACCCCGCAAGACCGACAUCAAGACCGAAAACAAGACUGAGAACAAGUCGUCGCGUCCCACGCCCAAGUACUCCCGCAACAAGACGUCGUCGCCAAUUCCCGUCAACCAACCUCAACCUCAACCUCCCUCCACUGCACCCAACAACCCGCACCGUGGCCACGCUGACGGCCAGGACAGCCCGUCAUCGACCUACCAGCAGCCAGGGCCCGGAUUCGAGCACACCGUAUCCAACAUCCCAGGUUUAGGCCUGCGAUACAAGCUGUCUGGCCACACCAACGUCUCUGCUGCGCCCGGUGUUUUUGGCGGUCUUAAUCCCUCCUCGGUCCAGCGCGAGCAGCUCCGUCAGGUUCCCAACCUCGGUCCUCCUGCCGCCCAGGUGCCCGUCUUCUUACCUCCAUCUGUCCCGGCAGAACAGCAGCCGGCCAUGGCGUACACCUAUCCUCCCGUGCCGAACCAGGCCCAGAGCUUCCAGCCGCCCGUUCCCGACACCAGCCUAGGAGAGAUCCCGCACACCUACCACCCGCGUUUUGAUGACAGCCGUGGUCAAUUCGUGACGAUCAAUGGCCAGCUCUACCAGGUCGUCGCGGGACCUCCGGGCGGCCCACCCGUUCAAUACGUUCUUCAUCAGGUAUCUCCAGCACCUCAAGACAGCCAAUUCUAUCUCCAGGGUACUCAACCGCCCCAGCCGCUAGCGCCGCCACAGCUACCCUUCCUCAUCCCGACCCAGCCCGGUGUCGGUCAGCCUGCUGCUAUCUUUACCCAACCGGGCGCGGUCCCGGACAUGAGGAUGGGGGGCGCUGCGUUCCCCGGAGUGUGCCCCGUCGGCAAUCCGCCCGACGUCACCGGAAUCGGCAGGACUAGGGGGGAGGUCCAGAUGGAGCAGCUUCACACUGCCCUCAACAACAAGGCCCUCGAGGGUCAGGGAAUGGCCCCUGCUGAUCCGGACCCGUCUCGGAUGUACUACUGCCGUGAGAUAGACGGCGAGUGGAUUCUUCGCAACCGCUUCAGCAUCGACCACAUGGGGGAGUUCCGCUGGUUCGUCCUGCCCGGCGGCGUCUUCUAUGCCGUCCGCUUGGCCGACUGA